CACAGAAUACAUGGCUUUAGAUGACGAGACGGAACUGGAAAUGGAUGAGCUCAACCAGCAUGAAUGUAUGGCUUCUAUGACCACUCUGAUUAAACAUAUGCAGAGAAACCAGAUCACACCCAGAGUGGAGGAGGGAACAGUUCCAGUAGACCUUCCUCUUUGGAUGAAAUUUCUGCAUGGCAAGUUAGGAAACCCAUCAGUACCACUGAACAUUCGCCUCUUCAUUGCAAAACUUAUUGUUAACACUGAAGAU